GACCCCAGGCAUUUAGCUUACAUGCCCUAAAUCUGCAUGAGGUGUAUCAUACUAAAAAAAAUACAAACAGAAACCCCCACCACCCUAGCAUUACUCAGUAUGGGUGUUAAUCUGUCAUCUGUCACUGACUGAGCCUCUUGGUGCUAAUCCAUUUCAUCUCACAACCACUCUUUUCUUUUCUUUUCUUUUCUUUUCUUUUUGGAAUCAACUGUGGAUAUUAUUAGUGUUGGAAAUCUGCUGCAAAGACUAGAAGAGAUCAAAGCCCUUGGGCUGAGCCUGGCUUGUACUCUGCAUGUCAAAUCUCCUGAGAUCUCAUGCAGUUUGGACGGUUAUUUCUAUCUUGCUCUUCUGCAUCCCUGAGAGUCUGGAGCCCAUCCAGCAGGCAGAGGAGAGCAUCCCAUCCACCCGCCAGGAUAAUCCCAGAGGCCAGAGGAGACAAGGUCCCCUGACCCGGCUCCCUGUGGCACAGGGUCCACCCUGAACCCUUGCCAGUGCCAUCGGUGGCCCCUCUCUGAUGCCGUCCACCUCAUUCAAAGCUCAUGAGUAUUCAUCAUGACCCGCCUGCCACAGCAGUGGAGGGAGGGCCCCUGGUGACCCCUGAGAGAGAGGAGGCAGUUCCUGGAAGGAAAGCUGGUACUGGUCAGUCCUCCUGCUGAGAGCAAGGGUGGUAGGUCGGAGCUCACGCAGCCUCAAGGAGGAGAUGAGGCUGCCUCCCACCUGCUUCCUCGUGUCCAGGCACCGCUUUGCUUUUUGUAAGUUGUGGCAAAAUACACACAACAUAAAGUUUACAUUUUAAGUGUACAAUACGUUGGUAGUAGUUGCCCUUAAAAUGUUAUGUAACAGUAACACCAUCUAGUUCUAGAACUUUUUCCUCACUCCAAAUUAAAAUCUGUACCAAAUAACUAUUUAUUCUCCUCUUCCCCAGCUUCUGCACUCACUAACUGCUUUUCUUUUUCAUUGGUGGAACUUGAAAUUGAACUUGAGGAGGGGAUACUACACCCCUGAGAUACACCCCCAGCCACCACCACCCUGUUUAAUUUUUUUUAUUUUGAGACAAGAUCUAGCUAAGUUGCUUAGGCUGGCCUGAGACUUGUGUGGUCCUCCUGCCUCAGCCUCCGUAGUAGCUGGGGUCACAGGUGUGUGCCAGCGUGCCCGGUCACUAAUCUGCUUCCUCCCUCCAAAUUUGCCUAUUCUGGAUCUUCGCUGCAAGUGGAAUCUUAAACCUGUGCUAUCUUGUGUCUAGCUUCUUUAGUAUCACGUUUUCAAAGCUCGUCUAUGUGGUAGCCUGUGUGGACACUUCAUUCCUUUUUAUGGCUAGUGAUCUUCCGUUGUGUGGAAGCGCAGUGUUUUGUGUACCCACGCAUCUGCUGCUCGACACCCGGUUGUUGCCCCCCGGCUGUUGUGCAGAGUGCCGCCUUGCGCGUUGGUGUUCAGUCUGCUCGGCGGCGGGAGCCUUGCAUGGGAGAGCGGCAGGAACUUAAGAUGCACUCUCACCCAGCAGGUGCGGACAGGAUGCAGCUCAACUCCUCUCUCCCCAUGAAUGCAUCUGCAGGGGUGCAGGCUGCCUCUGCCGGCUACGUUGUCCUGGACGUCUUCUCGUACUUGGUGCUGGCGGUCACCUUUGUCCUCGGCGUGCUGGGCAACGGGCUGGUGAUCUGGGUGGCUGGCUUCCGCAUGACCCGCACGGUCACCACCAUCUGCUACCUGAACCUGGCCGUGGCCGAUUUCUGUUUCACUUCCACUCUGCCCUUCCUCACGGUCUCCAAGGCCAUGGGGGGACACUGGCCCUUUGGCUGGUUCCUCUGCAAGUUCAUUUUUACUAUAGUGGACAUCAACCUGUUCGGAAGCGUCUUCCUGAUCGCCCUCAUCGCUCUGGACCGCUGCAUCUGCGUCCUGCAUCCAGUCUGGGCCCAGAACCACCGCACCAUAGGCCUGGCCAAGAGGGUGAUCCUGGGGCCCUGGAUCUGCGCUCUGCUCCUCACUUUGCCAGUUAUCAUCCGCGUGACAACCGUGACAAUGCGUGGGACCGGGAGGACAGCCUGCACUUUUGACUUCUCUCCCUGGACCAGAGACCCUGCAGAGAAGAUGAAGGUGUCCGUCAUCAUGCUGACGGUGCGAGGGAUCAUCCGCUUCGUCGUCGGCUUCAGCAUGCCCAUGUCCAUCGUCGCCGUCUGCUACGGCCUCAUCGCCACCAAAAUCCACAAACAAGGCCUGAUCAGAUCCAGCCGCCCCUUACGGGUCCUCUCUUUUGUUGUAGCGGCUUUUUUUCUCUGCUGGUUCCCGUAUCAGGUUGUGGCCCUCAUAGGCACCAUCAGAGUCCGGGACCUCUUGAGAGGUAUGGGCAGUGACCUCAGAGUAGCGGUCAGCGUGACGAGCUCGCUGGCCUUCUUCAACAGCUGCCUCAACCCCAUGCUCUACGUCUUCAUGGGCCAGGACUUCCGGGAGAGACUGAUCCACUCCCUGCCGGCCAGUCUGGAGAGGGCCCUGAGCGAGGACGCGGCCCAGCCCAGCAGCACAGCCACCAACUCUUCCUCGCUUCCUGCAGAGGUCGAGUUACAGGCAAAGUAAGGAGGGACCCGGGACCCGGCCAGCUCCAGUCCCGCUUCCUCUCUGCUCAAUUUACACUGUCUCCCAGGCAUUUGCAGCUCAUCUCUUGCCCUUGAUUUGGGGGGAAGGAACAGAUGUGAGGCCACUUUUGAUGUCUUUUUUAUUUUUAAUUUGGGGACCUCUGUUUGGUCAGAGGUGAGAAAAGAGAUCAUGCAUCACCAUUAACCCAAGAGUCCAGGUGGAUACCUGUUCUUGUAACAUCACUAACAAUAUCCACUUCCAUUCCCAAAAAUGUCCAGGUGGACAAUCAAUUGUUCGGUCACCUUAGGAAAUGAAGGAGGAGAGAGAAGCAUGCCUUAAGUCAGAGAAAAAAAUAAAAGCAGGUGCUUUCUAAGAGGCCUCAGGCCAAAAAGUAAGUAAACUAUGGAACUCUGGAGAUGUCAGCUGAAGCCCUUGAACUACCCGGAAUACAGCCUGUUUCCUCCUGGGGUAAAUGCUGGGAAACCCAUUGUCCUUCCCUCAGGGUGGGCCUACGGGGCUCUGUUCUGGUUUCAGUGAAUGAAUCCAGUUCACGGAGUACCUGGUGCUUGUCAUCCCGCCCUGAGCGCAGUUCACCGCGAGUGGAACCCAGGAAUUCCCCUAAUUUUUUAAAAAAAUCUUUGUUUAGUUGUCAA